UCUCUCACAAAGUCUUCAACUUUAUAGAUCUGGUUUGAUUUCUAUGAUGGUUUAAAAAUACAAAACAAGAGACUUGAAAAAAUAGAAAAUGUCAUAUGUUACUGAUAAUUAAAGUAUUCACGUAUCGGAAGGUUUCUCCUUUCUGUCUUGAGAGUAUAUGUGUUUGUUGUUUGCUGUGUCCGCCGUACGUGUAAUAACUGCAUCUGUGUCUGUGAGUGAUUUUUUUUGGUCAGCGAAUGCGACAGGAGUGUUCUGGGACUUUGACGAGUGCGGUAUCCCCGAUGAACUCAAUGCCGCUGGGGUCUUACAGAGGAUGAGACAGAGUCUAUUGCAUAAGGGUCACCGUGGUCCUGUCUCGAUCCAGAUUUAUGGUGAUUUGACCGGUCUUGACUUUCAAUCCUCCGACAUCAAGCUCAAUCAUUUUCACUCAGGAGAGAAACGUGAGAAGAUGACGAAAAUCUUGGAAGACAUAGUUUCGUGGUCAGGUGAGAAUCCAGAACCAUCGGUGGGGUUGCUAGCCUUGGGAGACGUGGGAGACGCUGGAGAUGACAUUCUGCCUUUUUCGUUGAUUUCCAUAAAGCUAGGAAUCACUGAUUUAUACAUACAAGUUUAUUAUGCAUCAUAUAAUUAGUACAAAUUUUCUUUGAACAAAAAUGUUUAUUUAACAACGAAC